AUGAUGAUUAUCAAUCAAACCAAACACGAACAGCAAAAUCAUUACGUUCAAAAUCAUUUUCAAUGUUUUAUUGUAGUCUAGGUAAUCAUCGUUCAAUGGAUCAGAAUUUGAAUUCAAAUGAAUUAACAGAAUGGUUACGUUUUCAACCUGUUUCAAUAUUACAAUUAGAUCAACCGGAUCGUAUUGUUUUAUUUAUUGCCGAUGAAAGAGAUGCAAUACAGAAGAAAACAUUUACCAAAUGGGUUAAUAAACAUCUAAUUAAAGUAACCAAAGGUGUUGUCGAUCUAUUCGAAGAUAUACGUGAUGGUAAUAAUCUAAUAUCAUUACUGGAAGUAUUAUCGGGUGAAACAUUACCAAGAGAAAAAGGAAAAUUACGUGUUCAUCAUUUACAAAAUGUUCGAACAUGUUUGAAAUUUUUGGAAAAUCGUAAAAUAAAACUUGUAAAUAUUCGUGCCGAUGAUAUUGUUGAUGGUAAUCCUAAAUUAACAUUGGGUUUGAUUUGGACAAUUAUUUUGCAUUUCCAAGUAUGGUUUUUCCCCCUCCGAAAUAAUCAAUAAUAUAAUUAAUUUUUUUUCAAAAUUUAGCUAUCGGAUCUAAUCAUUUAUGAUGAUACAAUAUCAUUUAAAGAAGCAUUAUUAAAAUGGGCUAGAAAAACAACACAAGGUUAUCCAGGUGUUAAUGUUACAGAUUUUACACAUAGCUGGAAAGAUGGUUUAGCAUUCAAUGCUAUUUUACAUCGUAAUCGACCGGAUCUACUUGAUUAUCGUUCAUGUCGUUCACGAACGGCAAUUGAAAAUUUGGACAAUGCAUUUACAAUUGCUGAAAAUGAUUUAGGUGUAACAAAAUUAUUGGAUCCAGAAGAUGUUUAUUGUUCACAACCGGAUGAAAAAUCCUUAAUAACAUAUAUAUCAUCAUUAUAUGAAUUAUUUCCCGAACCACCAGAAAAUAAUCCAUUAUUAGAUAAAGAACGUUUGAAACGUAUUGAUGAAUAUAAAACAGCUGCAAAACGUUUAGUUAAAUGGAUUGAUGAAAGUUGCCAUCGAUUAAGUGAUCGUACAUUUAGUCCAUCAUUGAAUGAAAUGAAAAGAAUUCAAGAAGAACUGUAUCGUUUUCGUUCAGAAGAAUUACCACCACGUUUCAAAGAUAAACAACAUUUAUGUGAAUCAUAUAAACAAAUUCUUGAAAUGGCAUUAGCAUUACCAGUACGUAUUGAUGAUGAAUUAAAACCAGAAAGUAUUGAACGACAAUGGAAAGAAAUGCUAUUAGCUUAUCAAGAACGUGAUCGUGAUAUUAAAGAUUAUAUGUUACGAUUAGAAGAUCUAGAACAUUUGGCUAAUAAAUUACGAAAAAAUAUUCGUGAAUGUGACCGUAAACUUACUGAUAUUGAAUAUGCAAUUGUUGAUCUACAAAAACGUAUACAACAUUCCACCGAUUUACCAAUUGAACAAACAAUCGAACAAAUACAAAAAGAGCUUAAAUUUGAAGAAAAACGUUUAAAUACAAUGAUUAAUGAUGCAAAUUAUUUAAUUGAUCAACAUUAUCCAGAAGCAAAAGAACUUUAUGAACAAGUAAAAUUAUUAUUGGAAAGAUAUCAAACAUUAAAUAUGGAAUUUAAUGAACGAAUAUUUGGUGCAUUACAAGAUAAAUCCAUACAACAAAUUCAUCAAGUAUUUGCUGAUUAUGUUUCAGCAUUAUUAGCUAAAUUACGUGAACAGGAAAAGAAAAUUUUACGAAAAUUACAAGAACCAAUACCAAGAAAUAUUCAGGAUAUUGAUCGAUUGAUUGUUGAACAUAAAGAAUUUGAAAUUGAAACCAGACAAUUUGAAUCAGAUGUUGAAAAGGUGAAACGUGAAUAUGCAAAAUUACCAACUCGAAAUGCUGGAUCACAAUCAAAAUUUGAAACAUUAAUUGAAUUAUGGCAAAAUAUAUGGAAAUAUUCGGAUAGUUAUGUUCAACAAUUGGAUGCUAUACGAAUAAUUUUGUUGGAUAUUCAGGAUGCAACAAAUAUGAUUUGUGAAUUGGAACGUGGAUUAUCCGAAUCACCUGAUAUGCCUGCCGAUAUUGAACAUGCACGAAUAAUAUUCGAUGACAUACGUCGUAUUCAUUCCAAAGUUAUUAAACACCAAAGUAGUUUUGAAAAAUUAUUAUCAAAUGUAUCGAAAAUUCGUAAUAUUGUUGAACGUAAUCGACCACAAAGACCGGGUAAACAUCCUGAUAUUGAUCAACUUGAAUCGGAUGUUAAAAUAUUAAAUCGAAGAUGGGAAGAUAUUGCAACACAAUCAAUGGAAAGAAUUAAAUCAUUGGAAACCUGUACAGAAUUAUUGAAUGUUUAUCGUACAAAAAUGUGUAAAGAACAGGAAUGGCUAAAACAAAUGAAUCAUAAUGUCGAUGAUUUUGUACGUCGUAAAGAGUUGAAAAAUGCCAAGCAACUUUAUGAAGAAGCAUCAUCGCAUAAAAUAUCGAUCGAAGAUACAAAUCAUUUAGGUGUUCGAUUUAUGAAAGAAGCAAAAAUUUAUGAUUUAAAAUUGAAAAAUUAUCGUGAAAAAAUUGAUGAAUAUCAUCAUACAGGUAUUGAUGCUACAACAAAACGAUCAAAAAUUAUAAGCGGAAUCGAUUGUGUUGAACAAGAACUAAAACAACUCAAUAAUGAUUAUGCUGAACUUUUGAAUCGUAUACUUGGCCUUUUGAAUCAAUUACAAGAUGAUGAUUCAAAAUUAAGAGAAUUUCAUGAAUUGGCUGAUGAAUUUUUACGUUGGUUAAGUCAAAAAGAAAAAAUCAUUUUGAAAUUGGAACCAAUUUGUUCAGAACCACAAAAACUUUCCGUACAAUUACAACAAACACAACAAUUGACGGAAGAAUUUGUCGCACAUAGUCCAAUGUUGAAUAAAAUUGAUAAAUUUGCCGAUUCACUUAUGGAACGUUUAGAUCGUACUGAUCAACAAUUUCGUUCGAUACAAGAAAAACAACAAACAAUUCAUGAUAAAUGGAAUAAAUUAACAAAUAUUCUAGCUGAACGUGAAAAAAAUUUAUUGGCAGUUAAAGAUGCAGCAAAUGAAUUUCAAAAUAAAUAUGAUCGUUUAAUGGCUGCAUUGCAUAAAAUUUCCGAUGAUUUUUCCAAUAUUGUUGAUUCGGGUGCUGAUGGUGAUGAACAACUGUUGAAAUUAUCACAUUUAGAAGAAUCAUUAGAAUCACAACGACCAAAUUUGGCUGAUUGUGAUCGUUCAUGUCAAAAACUUUGUGAAUUACUUACGGAUAAUGGAUCGAAAAAUGAAGUACGCGGAAGGGUUGAUGGAUUGAGAAAAUUUUACGAUGAUUUAAGCCAAAAAAUUAGCGAUAAAAAAGCUGAACUGCAAUCAUCAUUGAAAGCGGAUAAAGAUUUCUUUUUCAAUUGUAAUGCCAUUCAAGAUUGGUUACGUACUAUGCAAAAUAAAUUAUUAAAAGAAUUUAAAGUAUCAGCUAUACAUGAAAAAUUACUUAAACAAGUUGAUCAAUUUGAACCACUUUAUCGUGAAUGUUUGGAUAAAGAACAUGAAAUUCAUAUUCUUAUACAAAAAGGUGAAGAAUUACAACGACAAUUUAGUCGACCAAAUGAUCAAAAUCAAAUACAAAUGAAAAUGGAUCAAAUGAAACGACAAUAUAAUCAAUUGAAAACAGAAGCAACUGCACAGCAUACAAAAUUACAAAAAUGUUUAGAUAUUAGUACAAAAUAUCGUGAUGCAUUGAAUGCUUUUCUACCAUGGUUAUCACAAGCUGAAAAUCGUUUGGAACAAUUUGUAGGUCUGGUAUUGACUAAACAACAAAUGGAAAAAAUGAUGCGCGAUAUUCAGGUUCUUAAAAAUGACAUUUCACGACACAAUCAAGAUUUUGAAACAAUCUGUUCAUUGGGUGAAAAUCUUAUUCAAACAGCCGAUAUUGAUACGGAAGUUAUUCGUGAACAAUUAAAUGAAUUGAAAAAACGUUGGAAUAAUUUACAACGUAAUGUUGAUAAUAAACUUCAAGAAAUUGAAAAUUUAUUACAAAAAUUAAAUAAUUAUGAUGAUAAAUCAAGAGAUUUAAAUCAAGGUUUGAAUCGUUUGGAUGAUAAACUUAAACAAUUGAAUGAUAAAGAUCCAAAACAAUUGGAAAAACUUGAAUCAUUAAUGGAUGAUUCGAAAAAAUUGGCAGAUGAUUUAGAUCAAUUGAAAAAAAUUGGUAAUAAAAUUAUUGAUGAUGCUGGUCCGGAUGCUGAUUCAAAACCAAUUCGUGAUGAUUUGAAAAAUUUUGAUGAUCGUUAUAAUACAUUGAAUAAUAAUCUGGCUGAUAGACAUCGUAAUCUUCAAAAAGUAUCAGGUGCUAUGCAAAAAUUCAAUGAAGAUCUAUCAGCAUUACAAAAAGAUUUAUCAGCAUUGGAUGAACGAUUGGAUAAAAUGUCACCAAUUGGUAGAAAAAUUCCUGUCGUACAAAUGCAAAUUGAAGAAAUGAAAGAAUUUAAUAUAAAAUUAUCAAAAGUUUAUAAUAAUCUUCGUCAAGCUGAUCAAACAUGUGAUGAUUUAAUUGCAAAAGGAUUUGCUAUCGAUCCUAUUGGUAUUCGUAAUCAAUUAGAUAAUUUACAUCGAAAAUAUGAACGAAUUAAAGAACGUAGUGAUAAUCGUUUAGAAAAUCUUCAGGAUAUUUUAAAUCAAUUAAAACAAUUUAAUGAUCAUAUGAAUCAAAAUAUGAAAAAUAUUAAAGAUUUAUUGAAAGAAAUUGAUAAUUUUCGUCCGAUUAGUCGUGAUGUUGAAACAAUCAGACAACAGCAAAAAGAAUUACAAAUGUUUGUAAAGAAUCGUUUAGAACCAUUAAAACAACAAAUUGAUGAAGUAAAUCGACAAGGUAAUGAUCUGAUACAAUCAGCAUCACAUGGUGUUGAUGUUAGCCAAGUGGAAAAUGAUUUGGAAAAACAAAAUGAAACAUGGAAUAAUUUGAAAGCAAAAGUACAGGAACGAGAAAAAAAUUUGGAAGCUGCUUUUCUACAAGCCGGUAGAUUUGAAGAUGCAUUGCGUAAUGUUGAAAAAUGGCUUACUGAAACUGAAGAAAUAAUGGCUAAACAAAAACCACCAUCAUCGGAUUAUGUUGCGCUAAAAGCACAGAUUCAAGAACAAAAAUAUUUGAAAAAAACAUUAACCGAUCGUCAAGAAAGUAUUGAUAAUCUACAAGAACUUGGUCGUGCAUUAAUGUUAAAUGUUGAUCGAAUGGAACGAAAUCAAAUUGAAAAACAAUUAGCCGAUGUUAAUCGUCGUUUUAAUCGUCUGCUUGAUUUAUGUAAUGAACGAAUGAAAAUUCUUGAUGAAAUUUUACCAUUAGCAAAAGAAUUUUCCGAAAAAAUUGUUCCAUUACAAGAAUGGCUUGAAUCAAGUGUACGAAAAUUAACAACAUUGCAAGCAUUUUCAAUCGAACCAAAUAAAUUAAAUCGACGUAUCAGUGAACAUCAAUCAUUUCAUCAGGAUGUUAUUAGUAGACAAAAAGAUUUUAAAAAUCUAUCCAAUAUUGCACAACGUUUAAUUCAUUUAAUUCGUUCGGAUGAUGAAGGAAAAUUAAUUGCCGAUAAAUUAUCGGAAGUUAUUGAAAAAUAUGCAAAAUUAGUUGAAGAUAGUGAUGAUCUACAGAAAACAUUACAUAAUGCAUCCAUACAAAUUGAAAAAUUUUUAAAUGAUUUUGAUAAACAUUCAAAAUGGAUUACAGAUUUCGAAACACGUAUGCAAAAACAUAAAAUUCUUAAUGUUCAAUUGGAUAAACUUAAAGAUCAAUUGAAUGAUUUGGAAAUAAUCGAUCGUAAUAUACAAUCAUAUGAACGUGAAAUUAAUGAAUUCAUACAUAAUGGUCAACAAUUAGCAAAACAAUAUUCAACAAAUGAUUCAAUGUUUAUCAGGCAAAAAGUUGAAAUGAUUCAAAAUAAAUUCAAUGAUUUACGACAAAUUGUUAAUGAUAAAUUGGAACAAAUUCGUUUGGCAAUGAAUUUGGCACAAAAAUUCUAUUCCAAUUUAGAUGAAUUAAAUGAAUGGAUGAAUAUGGCUGAAAAUCGUUUGAAUCAAUUAGAUUCAUUACCAAUUGUACAACAAAAUGAAAUUAUUGAUAAUUUAGAAUCUGAAAUUCAAUCAAAACGUCGAUUAUUAGAUUCCAUUAAUAAUUUAGGUACGGAAUUUGCACGUACAAGUCCUGGACAAGGUUCAUCCAUUAUAAAUGGUUUAAUUUCAAAAUGUAAUAAACGUUUUGAUUCAAUUGUUGAUCAAUUACAACGUAAAAGUGAAAAAUUACGUUUAAUACGUGAACAAAAUGAAGCAUUAAAUAUUGAUAUUGAUGAAUUGUUUGAUUGGUUUCGUGAUGCUGAACGACAAUUAUUGGAAUCUGAACCGAUUACAUCAAAUUUAGAUCAAUUAUUAAUAUUAUUACGUGAAACAAAAUCAUUGAAUGAUGAUAUUAAUCAACAAAAAUUACGUGUACGUGAAAUUGUUAACAAAGUGAAAAAAUUGAUGCGUGAUUCAACUAUGGUUAAUGAUGAACUGAUAAAUAUUGAUCAUAAAACAGAUGAACUGAAAGAUUUAGCCAAUAAUGUUUCACAAUUAUGUCAAGAUCGUUUACAACAAAUUGAACAUACAAUACCAUUGGUUGAACAUUUUUUCGAUACACAUUCAGAAAUUCAACAAUUUUUAGAUGAAAUUGAAACAGAAGUUCAAAUGUUAUUACAACCAUCAAUUUAUGUUGAACAAAUACGUAAACAACAAGAAACAACAAAACGUUUGAUACAAUCAUUGAAAUCAAAUAAAUCAUUAUUCGAAAGAUUGAAUAAAACUGGUGAUGAAUUGAUUGAAAUGUUGCAGAAAAAAUCUGAUAUUCAACAAAUAAAACAAAUUAUGUCCGAUGAUAAUGAUCGUUAUAAUCGUUUGAAAAAUUUAUUACGACAACGACAACAAGAUUUAGAAAAUGCUCUGCAACAAACAUCAUUGUUUGCUGAUAAAUUGGAUGGUAUGUUGAAUGCAUUAAACAAUACAGCUGAUCAAUUGAAAAAUGCUGAACCAAUAUCGGCACAUGUUCCGAAAAUUCAAGAACAAAUUGGUGAUAAUAAUGCUAUAUUGGAUGAUUUGAAAAAACGUGAAGAUGCAUUUAAUGCAGUAAAAAAUAAUGCAAAAGAAAUUAUUGGUAAAGCUGGCCGAUCGGAUGAACCAGCCAUACGUGAUAUUAAAAAUAAAUUAGAUCGUUUGAAUGAUCUUUGGAAUGAUAUUAAUCGUAUGGCAAAUGAACGUGGUGAUUGUUUGGAUGAUGCAUUAAAAUUAGCUAAACAAUUUUGGAAUGAAUUGAAUGAUGUAAUGCGUGCAAUUAAAGAUUUAGAAGAUCAAUUGGAAUCACAAGAACCGCCUGCAGUUGAACCGGAAAAAAUUCAACGACAACAAUCAUUACUUUCGGAAAUUAAACAUGAUAUGGAUCGUACACGGCCACGUUUAGAACAAUGUAAACAAGUUGGUAAAAAUUUGAUUAAAGUUUGUGGUGAACCUGAUCGUCCUGAAGUACGAAAACAAAUGGAAGAUUUGGAUAGUGCAUGGGAUAAUGUAACCAGUUUGUAUGCAAAACGUGAAAAAAAUCUAAUCGAUGCAAUGGAAAAAGCAAUGGAAUUUCAUGAAAAAAUGAGAAAUUUAUUGAAAUUUUUGGAUGAUGCUGAACAAAAAUUUCAACAACUUGGUCCAAUUGCAGCCGAUAUUGAUCAGGUUAAAAAACAGAUAAAAGAAUUGAAAAAUUUUAAAAAUUGGGUCGAUCCACAUAUGGUUGAUGUUGAAACAUUAAAUCGUAUGGCACAUGAAUUAUUAGAUCGUGUACCAAGUAAUCAAGCAAAAGGUAUACGUGAAUCAAUUAAUGAUAUUAAUAAACGAUGGAAAAUAUUAUUAAAAUCAAUUGGUGAUCGACAAAGUGAUUUAGAUAAUGCAUUAUUAAAAUUAGGACAAUUUCAACAUUCAUUAAAUGAAUUACUGGCAUGGAUUGAUAAAAUGGAAAAAAUAUUGGAUGAAAGUGGUAGAAUUUAUGCUGAUCCACAAGUUAUUGAAGUUGAAUUGGCAAAACAUAAAGUAUUAUUGAAUGAUAUUAAUGCACAUCAAACAAAUGUUGAUUCAUUAAAUCAAGUUGGCCGUCAUUUAAUUGAUUCAGAAAUUGGUUCGGAAAAUGCCAGAAAUACUAAGGCAAAAUUAAAUCAUUUAAAUCAACGUUGGAAUCAAUUGAUUGAUAAAGCUAAUGGUCGAACGAAUGAAUUGGAAGAAUGUUUACGAAAAUCACAAAUGCUUGCACAAGAAAUUCAAGAUAUGCUUGCUUGGUUAAAUGAAAUGGAUCAAUUGAUUAGUACAUCAAAACCAGUUGGUGGUUUACCUGAAACCGCACGUGAACAAUUGAAUCGUUUUAUGGAAAUUUAUAAUGAAUUAGAUAUGAAUCGUCAUAAAGUUGAAACAUUAUUACAAAAUGGUAAUGAUUAUGUAUCGAAAGCAGUGGAAGGACAAGCUGUACAUUUACAACAAAAUCUUAAAAAUUUACAAAAUAAAUGGGAAAAUCUAUUGAAUCGUGCAAAUGAUCGAAAAAUUAAAUUAGAAAUUGCAUUGAAAGAAGCAACAGAAUUUCAUGAAGCAUUACAAGAAUUUGUUGAUUGGUUAACAUCGGCUGAAAAAUAUUUAGCAUCAUUACAACCGGUUAGUCGUGUAUUGGAACAUGUUUUGAAACAAAUUGAAGAACAUAAACAAUUUCAAAAAGAUAUUGGUAUACAUCGUGAAACAAUGUUGAAUUUAGAUAAAAAAGGAACACAUCUAAAAUAUUUUAGCCAAAAACAAGAUGUUAUUUUGAUAAAAAAUCUAUUAUCAAGUGUACAAUUACGUUGGGAAAAAGUAUUGACAAAAACAGCUGAACGUGCUAGAAAUUUGGAUCAUGGUUUUAAAGAAGCAAAAGAAUUUCAUGAUUCAUGGUCUGAUCUGAUAACAUGGUUAGAUGAUGCUGAAAGAACAUUAGAUAGUAUUGAACCAAUGGGUAAUAAUCCUGAUCUGAUUAAACAAACAUUAUAUCGUCAUAAAGAAUUUCAACGACAAUUAGGUGGUAAACAAUCAAUGUAUGAUUCAACAAUACGUUUUGGUAAAAGUUUAAAAGAUAAAGCACCAAAUGAAGAUGGACCAAUUUUACAGGAUAUGUUGGAUGAAUUGAAAAAUAAAUGGAAUGCUGUUUGUCAAAAAUCCGUUGAUAAACAACGUAAACUUGAAGAAGCUUUGUUGUUUUCUGGUCAAUUUAAAGAUGCAAUACAAGCAUUGAUUGAAUGGCUGGAAAAAGCUAAACAAAUAUUAGCAUUUGAUCAACCUGUACAUGGUGAUUUGGAUACUGUAAAUCAAUUACAAGAUGAUCAUAGAAAUUUUAUUGAUGAUUUUAAAUCACGUGAAAAAAAUAUGCAAUUUGUACGGAAAACAGCUGCCGAUUUGAUGAAAUCAGCAAAUCCAGAAGAUGCGCGACAAAUCGGACGGCAAAUGGAAAUAUUGGAAGAAAAAUGGUUGGAAAUUGAAAAAAUGAUGCAACAAAAACAACAACGUUUAGAUGAUGCAUUGAAAAUGGCAAAUCAAUUACAUAAAGCUGUACAUCAAUUACUUGGUUGGCUAUCGGAUGCUGAACUUAAAUUACGUUUUGCUGGUCCAUUACCUGAUAAUGAAGAUAUUGUUCAACAACAAAUUCGUGAACAUGAAAAUUUCAUUCGUGAAAUGCAACAAAAAGAAUUGGAAAAAAAUUCAACAUUAAAUUUAGCAAAUGAAAUAUUACAAUUAUCACAUCCAAAUGCAUUACCAGUAAUAAAACAUUGGAUAACAAUUAUACAAUCACGUUGGGAUGAAGUUGAAUCAUGGGGUAAACAACGUGAAAAACGUCUAAAUGAUCAAUUAAAAUCAAUGAAAGAUGCAUCAGAAUUAUUAAAUGAAUUAGAUCAAUGGUUAUCAACAACUGAAUCAAAUCUAAAUGAAUUAGAAAUACAACCAUUACCCGAAGAUAUAAUUGAAUUGGAAAAAUUAAAUGAUAAUCAUCAACGUUUAAUUGAUGAUUUAAAUGAUAAAAAAGUUGAUGUUGAAUUUAUAAUAAAAACUUAUUCAUCGAAAAAACCACAAUCAUCAUCGACAAAAGAACGAAUAUCAUCUAAACAACGUUUGUAUGGUUACAGUACAAAACAAGCACCGAAAACACAAUUUGAACCAGAAAUUAAUAAUCCAAAAGCUAAUCAUAUGUUGGAUAAAUGGCAUUCAGUUUGGCGUUUAGUAUCCGAUCGUAUGAAACGUUUAAAAGAUGGUUUAAAUUAUAAUCGUGAAAUGGAAAAAAUGAAACAUUUUGAUUUUGAUGAAUGGCGUAAACGUUUUCUAUUUUUUAAUGAUCAUCGUAAAGCAAAAUUAUUAGAUUUUUUUAAACGAAUUGAUCGUGAUAAUGAUGGUCGUGUUAGUCGUUCAGAAUUUAUUGAUGGUGUUUUACAUUCACGUUUUGGAACGAAUCGUUUAGAAAUGGAAACUGUUGCCGAUAUAUUCGAUAUAAAUGGUGAUCGUUUUAUUGAUCAAAAAGAAUAUUUGGAUACAUUAAGGCCAGAUAAAGGUGAUGGUGGUCAAUCAUCAUCAUCAGCAGCAGCAGCUGAAUCAAAAAGUGAAUCAGAAAUGAUACAGGAUGAAGUUCAACGAUUAGCUGAUCAAUGUACAUGUAUUGAACGUUAUAAAGUAUAUCGUAUUGGUGAAGGAAAAUAUAGGUUUGGUGAUUCACAAAAACUUCGUUUAGUUCGUAUAUUACGUAGUACGGUUAUGGUACGUGUUGGUGGUGGUUGGGUAUCAUUAAGUGAUUUUCUUCUCAAACAUGAUCCAUGUCGAGCCAAAGGUCGUACUAAUGUAGAAUUACGUGAACAAUUUGUGCUUGCCGAUAGUGUAAGAGGUCAAUCAAUGACACCAUUUAAAUCUAAAUCGCCAUUUCAAUCAGAUGGUUCAAUAACGAUGACUGGUCCAAUUUCGAAGAUCCGAGAAAAAACCGAACGGAGUAUGCCUAUGUCUCAAACUUAUCGUUAUGGAGGAUCUAGUGGUUUGAUGGAUGAUCAUGAUGAUCCAAUACGAUCACGUUCACGUACACGUUUAACUCCAACGAAUAGCCGACCAACAAGCCGUUCAGGAUCAAAUCAUUCAUCAAGUCAACCACCAAGUCGUACAGCAAGCGAUAUGUCAACCGGUAGUAUUGAAGGUUAUAAAUUAGGAUCAAGAAAAAAAAGUAGUGGCUUAAAUGGUUCAUCACCAAUUGGUCGACCAACAACAACAUCAUCAUUUAAUCGUGCAUCAUCAUUUACAAAACAAUCAUCACCAAUUGGUCCACGAUGGAAUAUUUAAAUGAAAAUCAAAUCAAAUGAACUUUCAAAUGAAAACGAAACAA